UCAGCAUCCGUGUUCUGAAUCUAAGAUAUCGGCCAACUGCCAUUUCAAAUGUUCUCUGGGUAUUCUACUUUAUGUGUUUCGGAAUCAGGUGUCUAAUGCUAGCAAUAUUUUAUGUAUUAAAAGAUAUCUCAUUCAACCAUCAUGAUCAUGUGAUAAUUCCUAAGGUCCUUUUUCCUACAGAAAAUUUCUUCAGGCUAUUGGAGAUUCUGUUUCUUACAUUGACUUUGGAACAUCAGAGAAAACACAGAAGUAAAGGCUUUAUUCAAGAUGUGAUGGAAAAUUUCAACCAACACAGUUAUGAAAACACCAACACAUUAAACUGUAGAUAUAUAUGUAACAAGUUGUUCUGUUCCACAUAUUCCGUCUUCAUUGGUCAGGCACUGAUUGGCUUUGGGUUUUUAGCAGCCACUUUUGUCUUUGUUUUAAGAGAGAAACCAGAUGAAUCUAAGCUAACAGCGGCAUUGUACUGGACAUAUAAUGGUUGUCUUUGGACUAUGAGUAUCAGCUGUGUUGUGUUGACAUUCAUUAUACUUUGUACUUCGACAAUUCAUGAAACAUAUCAGAACCAAGGUCCUUCUAUAAAAACUAAGGUCCUGUUAGCAGUUGGUAUUGGUUUAAGCUUACCUGGCAACAUUCCUGUUUUUAUCUGGCAAAGCUGUAUYUUCAAAGCAACACAAGCUGUGGCAGGAUAUUAUGUUGUACUACCUCUGAUGUUUGCUGCUGUGUGUCUCUUCAUGGCUGUUCUCAUACAAGAAUUUAAUCGUUUAAAGGAGGAAGCCCAGUGGAGUGCAAUUGAYCAAGCAGAGGCCAAUAACAGCAUCACAGAGAGCAUUUGAAAUCCAASCACAAUUGUCAAUUAGAUAAAUAGCAUGUUAAUGUAUUACUAAAACUCAAGUGUUGCAGAUUCUAUCAGUCGGUCUGAAUUAAAUUUCACUGCAGAUAGCRAACUGGAUGGACUGAUGGAAUCUAAGUCCUGCCAUGUCCCUUUAAUAUCUUUUUUAUGAAGAUUAAUGUAUUCUGUUAAUAUGAUUUAUAUUUAUAAGGUAACCUUUUUCAUAUUUUAAGUUUUAAUCAAAGGUUUUUCAGAUAGUAAAUAUCCUAGCCUGCGUGCAGCCAAACCAUGGUUUGGCUGCACGCAGGCUAUAAAUAUCCCAUAGUGUAUGCAAAAUAAUGUAAAUAGAUUAGUUGCACAUACCGAUAAUUAUUUUAUAGUAAUUAUAGCUUUUCCAAGUGUUUGUCAGAGAGGAUAACAAAUGCACAAUCAAUAAGUUCUUGUAGUUGCCCAUUAUCAAAGCUGGUGUUGGUGCCUUGCUGUCUUUAAAGUCUGCACAGUUUAAUUAUUUUAUUUAAUGAACUCAUCUACUGACAAAUGUAGACUUACCAGACACUACCACCAAUAAUCUACACUGUACCACAUUAACUUUCUUCCGUGCAUUUCCCGUUCUUUCCAACAAUUUUGCUUUAAAAUAUUAUAGGUAACAGUCAGAAUGCUUUUGUGUUAAAAAUACUAGGAAAACAGGUUCCUAUAAAGCUGAAUUUUGGUUAAUAAUUAUAAUAGUUGUAUAGCAAUUGAUGAUAAUUUUUUAUAUAAUGAUUAUAUACAUUAAAAUUUAUUGAAGUAUUA